CACCACUACAUAUACCGUCUCUCAAUUCUCCAUCUCCUCCACCAUUGCACCACUCACACAAUCAAUCUCUCUUUUUUCCUUCUGGGUUUUCAAUUGAGAGAUGGAGGGUGUAAGUGUGGUUGCUCUUUCUGACCAUAACAACAAGGAGAACAUCCCUCCAUUCUUUCCCGGACCAGUAUCCAUUGAGAGGCCGGACAUUCAAUCUCUCGAAUCUUUCAAGAACUCCAGCAAAUUUUCUUCAAGGAGAAAGUUCACUACUAGGAAGCCUCUUGCAGAUAUUACAAAUCUCUUCACAAAUUCUGUUGCUUGGGAGGUAAGAAGGGAUGCUCUGGCACCUUCAAAUCUAUCGGUUUCGGUUUGUACUUCAAAUCCCAGGAAGAGAAAAUCACCUGAUGAAGAGGUUGAGUUUGUGCGAGUAAUCUGCUCAGACUCCAAGUCAUUGAGGAUGGGUUUUAGAUAAAUUUACAGAUAAUAAUUUUAUUUUUAUUUUUGUAUUAGAUUGUUCGAGCCUGACUGCUUAUCAAUACCAUACAAAAUCAAAAUAAAUACAUUUUUCAUUUGAUUUAAGUUAUUUUUGAUUGGUAAACCUUUUGUGGACAAUUUCUUGCUAGAAAGCAAGUCUAAAUACAUUAAAUAUAUUGUUUGCUCGGCAAUGAGCUAGUACAAG